UGGUGUGUGGAGUGGAGUCACGUGGAGACAGUCCACACGGUUCUGUCCAAACAGAACGUGAGCGAGUGAGUCGCUCGCUGCUACUAGCAAGUACUCAGUCUGUCUGUUAGAGCGCCGCUGGGCUGCUAAACCGAUUCAUGUUGUUUUUUUAGCCACGGGUCCCUUUAUACUUGACCAUUUCAUCGAAGAAUGAGUGAUAACGAUGAUAUCGAAGUCGAUAGUGACGAAGACUCACCGAGAUAUCACAAUGUGGCUGACAAACGCGCACAUCACAAUGCGCUGGAGCGCAAGCGUAGGGACCACAUCAAAGACAGCUUUCACAGCCUCCGGGACUCUGUGCCUGCCUUGCAGGGAGAAAAGGUUGGUAACAGUACUGGUGCAAACCACAACAGUCAGUCUACCAAACAGGCGUCUCGAGCUCAAAUCCUAGACAAAGCCACAGAGUACAUCCAGUACAUGAGGCGAAAAAAUCACACGCACCAGCAGGACAUUGACGACCUGAAGAGACAAAACGCGCUGCUGGAGCAGCAAGGUAACGCCUCAACUUUGUGUCAUCUCCGUCUUCACCUCUGCCAGGAGUCGACAGGAUGUGAACUAGCUUAUGUGCGCGCGCUGGAGAAGGUGAAGGGCUCGGCGCAGCUUCAGACCAACUACUCGUCAUCCGACAGCAGCCUCUACACCAACCCAAAAGGCAGCGCCGUGUCGGCGUUCGAUGGCGGCUCCGACUCCAGCUCUGAGUCUGAACCCGAGGAGCCUCCCAACCGCAAGAAGCUGCGUGUGGAGGCAAGCUAGGAAGCGCCCGGCGCGUCAAAAAGCAGGUAUGAGGCCAGAGAUGGGGCCUCACAUGAAAGGCAAGACGAAGCCUUUUAAACGCUCUCGAGGCUCUUUGACCUUUCCACCUGACACGCCCCAACUCCCCACCCUCUCCCUCCCUUCUGGGUGGGCUCGCACUGGAGACUCAUGACCCCUCAAAACUCCUCUAAAAUGCCUCCUAGAGCAAGGAGGGUGGAGGGUUAAAAUUUUCUUCUCGCAACAAUUCAAAACCCCAAAAAGAGGCAGCUCGGCUACUUAAGAAUUUUUUUAUUUUUAUUUUUAUGUUCUGCUGCCAUGCGUUUGUGUACGGGAACAGCAGGUGCACACCAGACAAAGUCCUAAGCACUGCUAUAUAACGUAUACAGUGGACCCUGCUAUUGGCGGGGGAUAGGGACCGAGCCUGACCACGAAUAGUGAAUUUCAACUGACUGUCAAUCACAAAUCUAAUGGCUGUUGUUAUAUUUUUGAUUGGAUAAGUACAUUGAGUGAAGGUUCCACGUACACACACACCAGCCUUAUGCCUUCCACCGUGAGACCGUGGUUAAGCUUACAACUAGAUUGGGGGGCGCAGUUACAGCUGACAGUAACCAUUCAUUAUCGAAAUUAAAGAGACACUCCAAUAUAACAACCAUAACGUAAACAGUAUUUGGCCAUGAAAAUAAAAUAUUUUUUUGUGAAUAAUGGAGGAUGGGUAAAGGAAUGGAAAAAAAGAAAAAGAAAACACCAAUAGGUGAAUUUGCAAAAGCUGAACUGUGACUGCGAGGGUCCACUGUAUUUUGUUUGUUUUGAACUAAAACACACACCAAGAUCAAAUGUUCUGGACAAUUUUAUCUUUUUGAACUUCUACCACCACAAAUUGUACAUUUGUAGCUUUUUCCACUUAAGAAUGUGAAGACCCCCCAAGGAGAAAUGUUUAGUGACACCCACCUCAGGCUCACUGGAUUGCAGAUGUUUUGAGCUGCGACACAUUUGUUAAUGAAAUUUAAGAAGAAAAAAAAGUUCCUGUGUUGAAAUGGAUGUAUUGAUUGAAUUCGAAUAAUAUUCCUAAACUUGUAUUGUGUUUUGUCCUUUAGCUUGAAGUAGUGAAUGACUUUAGGUGGCCGAACACAUUAGGCAGCUUGUUUGAUAGACAAUUACAUAAAAAAAAAAAGAUUUGUAAUGAUUGGAUGUUUUCAAGCUCAAAUGUAUGUUAUGCAUUUUGUAGUCAUCUCACAGGUCAUGGAAAAGAUCACUUAAACCGGAAUGUUCCAAAGUAGCUCCUGUCGUUUGCAGUAAACGGAAGCCAGUGAAGCCCCCCCCCGCCGUUGACGUAUUGUGCUUUACUAAGUCCCAAAAUCCAUGUUGCUGAAACUUCCCCAAGGAAAAAAAAAAAAAAAAAAGUGUCUCGGAAGUGUGUCUGUACAUCGGUUCAAUUUUCUUUCCAUUCAAGAGGAUAUGAUUAGUGUCUUUGUCUGAUUCCAUUCCAUGGAAAUUACAAGUAUGUUGUACAUACUGCCAACAAUUGUCUUGCAAGUUGAGGCCUACCUUUAAUAUGAGACUAUAAAAUAAACUAUUUUAUCCUUUAA